AUGAAAAACUGCGUAUACAUCAGUUACGUGAAAAAGUCGAUUGAAAAUGAGAAUGGGGAAUUUUUAAACUUUGGAGAUCUACCUGAGACCGUAAAGGGAAACGAAAAGGAUGAAAACAAAAAAGGAAAACAGUCAGAUAUGCAAGAAAUUAAGAUACAUAAAAAAAAAGUAGAUGAAGUAAGAAAUGCCUUAAGCGCAAAUUGCAGAAUAGUAAAAAUAGAAGAUGAAGAAAUUGAAAUAGGUAAAUGGAAUUCAAUAAAAGAUACCCCAAUAAAUGAGCACAUUAUAAAUGCCCUGAUAAAUAAUUUUCAUUUCAAACACUUCUUACCGUGUCAGAGUUGUGUUUUACAAUAUUCAUUAUUAUAUAAAAAUGGAUCAAACUCUUUACUUAAUGGUGAUAUAUAUAUUGAAGUGCCUACAGGUUUAGGAAAAACGUUAUGUUAUAUUAUAUCCAUUUUAGAUUAUUUCUUAUGUAAUAAGGAUAAUAACUUAUUUUGCCUUAUAUUAACAGCAACAGAAGAAUUAGUGGUUCAAAUAUUAAAUGUUAUAAAUAAAUUUAAGAUAAAUAAUUUAAUAUGUCAAAGUAUAAAUACAAAUAUGUUUCAUGCGAAUAUUUAUUUUGAUGAAUUUAUUGAUAAUGAGAAUUUUUUUAAAGGCACCAACAUUAUUGUAACGACCACGGGUAAAUUUGAAAUGUUAUUUUAUAAUAAUGAAGAAUUAUUUAAAAAUUUAAAGUUUCUAAUUAUUGAUGAAGUAGACAAGAUUUUAUCAUUUAGCAAAACUAAUAUAAAUAGUUUAGUAAACUCGUUAACAAAUAUUGUAGAAAAAAAUCAAAAUUUAUGUACUACUUUGUACAAACCAAAAUAUUUUCUUCAAAAAAUUUUAGUCUCAGCUACCUUAUGUAAAGUUUCAGACAGCAUUAUGUCUAUAAAUUUAUAUAGACCUAUAUUAUUUUACUACAUAAUUAGUUACAAAAGAAAUGAAGAAUUUUAUUUAUAUGUAAAAAAAAAAUACAAUAAGUUGUAUAAUCUAAUUAAAUUAAUUCUGGACAUCCAAGUCAAAGAAAACCUGAGUAUGCUAAUUUUUUGCAAUGACGAAGAAUCGUCUCAUUUGCUAUUUCGAUACCUAACGGUAUAUUUUAGCUACACCAAUGAGGCACUUUAUAGUAUUAAGGAGUACAAUCGUAAUUUAUCUAGAAAAAGGAAAACGAAAAUUCUGAACGAGUUUUUUACCCAUCAGUUGAAUAUCUUAAUAUGUACAGAUUCUCUUUCGAGAGGGUUGGACACUGUGAACGUUAAUUAUAUCGUUAAUUACGAUAUGCCUGGAUACUAUAAUGUUUUAACGCAUAGGGUUGGACGACUGGGAAGAUACAACAGCAGAAGAGGAACAGUAUAUCAUUUUAUUAAGAAAAAGGAAAAAGCAGUGAUGUUAAAGUCAGCUAGGCAAAGAAACAUAAAGGCUAUUGCAAAAUUGAAAUUCAAAAAAGCAAAUUUAAUUGACAUUAAAAAUAAUUUAUUGCACUUGAAACCUUUAAUUAAAAACUCGUUAAAGAAGGAAACUAUGGAAAUAAUAAAUAGACACAAAUUAUAUGGCUAUGACGAUUUGAGAAAGCUGUGCGCCCCACCAUGA